UCCCCUUUUUGCGCCUAACCCAAAAUUUUCUACCUCUCUUUCCCUGGCUCAAACCGUAGAUAGAGGGUAAGAUAUUAAUGCUACUCGCGCCAUACUUUCGUUUCUGAUGCUACUAUGUUGGGUGUCUCUCGCACUAUUUUCUCCCACCACUUGCGAGACUGUAACUGCUAUCUCAACCACCACUACCAUCAUCAACAAUACAAGAAUUGCAGUAAGAAGAAGCCUCGUCACCAAUUUUGUUUUACAGCCAAGCAACUCCAUCACCCUUUAAUUGUAAGACCAUCUACCGCUACUUUAGCUGCCAUGUCCUUUUCUACAGAAAGGUUCAGAUUUCUGUUGAACAACGAUGAUUGUAGAAGGGAUAAUGGUUUGAGAGACCCUUAUGUUAAUUGUAUUCAGCACACCAAAAGUCCGCCUCUUCCAGGUUGUUUAAGCCAAAAUGAAGAUUGUCAAGAGUCUCCACCUGAAAAAUUGUCACCAAUAGCAGGUGGGAUAGUUGCUUUAGGAAAAUUUGAUGCUCUUCACAUUGGUCACCGAGAACUUGCAAUCCAAGCAUCAAAAGUUGGGAUACCUUUUCUUCUUUCAUUCGUUGGAAUGGCAGAAGUUCUUGGGUGGGAACCUAGGGCUCCAAUUGUUGCCAAAUGUGACCGGAAAAGGGUUCUAUCCUCGUGGGCACCAAACUGUGGCAAUUUGACACCCAGGGAAUUUCACAUUGAAUUCUCGAAAGUCAGGUAUCUCACUCCACGGCAAUUUGUUGAGAAGCUCUCUUUGGAGCUUGGAGUACGUGGUGUUGUGGCAGGCGAAAACUAUCGGUUUGGAUAUAAGGCUGCUGGUGAUGCGUCAGAUCUCGUUAGAUUGUGUGAGGAAUAUGGUCUGGGAGCAUACAUUAUUAGUUCAGUCAUGGACAAAAAACAAGACUCCAAAGAGAUCAAUGCUAGUGAUUCAAUGGAGCGAGGCCAAGUCUCGUCAACUCGUGUCCGUCAUGCUCUUGCCAAGGGGGACAUGAACUAUGCAUCGGAGCUUUUGGGCCGUCAUCAUCGUCUCAUGUUGAUGAUGGAAGAGAACGACAGGUUUGCUACUGAUAAUAGGGUGUCAGCUCCAAAAUCUUGUUUAUUAAAUCUUCCACCUGUAGAAGGUUCUUAUGAGAACUGUUAUCUUUCGAUUGGUGACGAGAAUGUUGUACCGUGCAGAGUAAUGAUUGAUACAACUCAUAUUCAUUUGGAAUUGGAUGUGUUAGCCACUUGUAUUCCCUUAACUUCUCAAGACUUCCGAUUACUAGGCAUCGACUUUGCUGGGAGACAUGCUGGUAACCUUGCGUUCUCAUGGCCCCAUGCAUUGAUAUACGCUAGUGGGCUGGUUUCUCCAGCCUAGUAUUCCCCGCCCGUCUCGUCCCAGUUUUCACACUUUUGGAUGCCCGCUGUUCUGAAUCUCAAUAUCUCAUGAAAGAAAGUAUUUGCAUCGUCAGCCAUUCGAGCGGGCGGAACCACUGGGCUGUGCUUCAUUGUUCAUAGUUCACGGCCCAGAAUAGAUAGCAUCCGGCCUAUCAAGGCCAUAUAUAAUAUGAGCAUCCUGAAGGCCCCCCAAAAAAAAAAAAAAUCUGAUAUGGAUCGCUUAAAUGUAAUGACGUAACAAAUUUUGAUGCAUUAAAAGGUACGUCGUACGCUUGUUCUCAA